AUGCCGUGUUCCCGAUGGAACGCGGGUGCGUUCCGCGGCUUGAGGGGGACAGACCGAGCUGCAGUCUUGCUAGAACGGGGAGGGAACACCGCGUUCCCGGCGGAACGCUGCACGGAUAGGUAUUCGCGCUCGGGUAUACCUCCCACUUCGCCCGUGAACGUACAAAGUGUCAACCUACCAGACACCUGCAAAAUCAGCUGGGACCGACCAGAGAAUGAAAACGGAAUCAUUCGGAAUUACACGGUCUACUACAGUGCCUAUCCCAGACCAAUGAGUGAUGAUACUCCUAUUGAUCAAGAUAAUUCUGGGAUGUAUGAUAUCAACAAUGGGUCCCAGAUGACCUUCACAUUCAAGAAGAGUGAGCACGCACCUUACUCUGAGUAUCAAUUCAACAUCAGCGCGACAACUGUGUCGACGGGAAACUCAAGUGAUGUGGGCAACGGGAGUUGUAUAACGCCGCCCGCAGCCCCCGCUGAGGGCAGUGUGCGACGACCAGUUGCAGGUGAACCAGUCAGUCCUGAUAGAGAAGCCAUUACUUCCACCACAUUCUACAUGGCUGUGGCUCCAGCUGACGAAAGAAACGGACCAAUCAGUUGCUAUGAUAUCAUAGUGAAGGAACUACUGGAAAACGAAGACAUCAGCACUCUGGAUCCUGACCGAGACUUCCCGCAAGACCAAGUUGGAACUUACGGAGAUGCGCAGGUCACACCAGGACGAGCGUACGUUGCUUUUGUCAAACAAGGGAGCUUGGUGUAUUCGACCGUGAAUGUAAAGAUUGGUUCCCAAAGAGCAUCAAGGUGUGGCGGGGUUGCAUCCAGUCGGAGAAAGCGUCAAGCUGUGUAUGAUCACACCGGUAAUAACGGCCAACUGAAGUCUGACACCAGGUACACAGCCUUCGUGAGGGCAUUCGUCAAGGUCGGAGAUGGGAUGGAGGAGGUUUAUACUUCCAGUCCAUUUAUGCAACCUAUAACAACAGUAGCCCAGCCUGACAAUACGGUAGUAAUUGCUGUGGUAUUUGCAGUAGGCCUAGGCACGGCAUUCCUCAUUACAUUGACUGCACGUGGUGUGAGGGUAUGGAGAAAGAAACGAAGAACCAAUCACAGCCGACCUGAAACGACAGCCAUGGAAAUGGAUAGCAUCGACUAUGAUGACGUGAGUCUUCCUGAGGACGGCAUGGCAUCCGCAGUCUACGAGGAUGUUGGCCUGCCAUCGUGGGCCCUGAGAUGGGAGAUUCUCUGGAAGAACCUGGUGGUUGAUGACAAAGUCCUCGGUCAAGGGAACUUUGGUGAAGUGAGAUCGGGAACUGUAAACAUCGGCGGGAGGAUGACCAAAACAGCUAUCAAAGUACUGAAAGGUCACGCCUCGAAAACUGACCGGGAAGAUUUCAUGGAGGAAUUUCGUACAAUGACCAACAUCGGAUAUCAUCCCAAUGUGGUGUCGUUGCUGGGGGCUUGCCAGCAUGAAGAUGUUCUGUACGUGGCCCUAGAGUAUCUCCCUAACGGUGAUCUGCGCAGCUAUCUGCGCACGGCUCGCUCACAAUCAGAGUCAGACGAGGGCGCCCUCUCCUCCGAGAUGCUGAUCAAGUUUGCCCUGGAUGUUGCCAAGGGAAUGAAUCACCUCUCUGUGUCCGGGGUAAUUCAUCGUGAUUUGGCGGCCAGAAACAUCUUGCUCGGUGAGCAAUUGGUCGCCAAAGUCUCAGAUUUUGGGCUUUCGAGAGGAGAGGAUACUUAUGUCCAGACGUCUACGCGCCGUGUGCCUACUCGUUGGUUGGCCAUUGAGUCUUUGCUGGAUCGCACCUACACAACUCAAAGUGACGUGUGGUCCUUCGGCAUUCUCCUUUGGGAAAUCGCUUCAAUUGGAGGCACACCAUACCCAGCCAUUGCCACCAGGUCCCUGGUAGGUCGGCUGAUGGAAGGAUACCGCAUGACUAAACCUGCCAACUGCGAUGAGCAAAUCUACUCCUUGAUGCUUCGUUGCUGGGAGGAGGACCCUAGCAACAGACCCUCCUUCAGUGAUUUGAUCCACAUCCUCAGCAAGAUGGAUGACAAUAAGAUUGAACACACGUACAUGGCGAUCGAUCGCGCCCACUAUGAGAACUUCUGCGUGAUCCGCCCGGAGCUUGACGACAACUAGACGGAUGUACGAAGUCCAGGGGCGUAAAUCCCGGGGGUGGGGGGAAAGGGGGU